UCUGCGCAAGUCCGAGCCGCCAGUCGAUAGAGCAACACAUCUUAGCAAGAAUGUCGCUUUCCGUUCGGGGGGUGUGCCAUUUCCGAUCGCGACAUGCUGCGUCUACCGCGAAACGAUUUCAAAGCGGCGUCGCGCCCUUGGCCGCAGAUUUCAGCUCUUUAAAGGGCUCAACUGGACACAAACCAAAUUGGAAGCCGGCUCAACCCAUCUCAGUCACGACACCUCCGAAACCUGACUGGAAAUAUGGAGGUGGUGCCAAUGACAAUGGUGUUUCGCUGCGUGCAAAGCACGUUGAAAUCGAUCCUUUUGCCAAAGGUCGACCCAUGUUUCACAACUACUCGCUCCUUAUCUCUGGCAUCGUGCCCCGGCCAGUUGGCUUCGUUAGCACGUUGUCGAAGGAGGGCAAGCCAAACCUGGCCCCGUUCAGCUAUUUCCAAGUAGUCGAUCACGACCCUCCCGUUUUCACCAUCGGAUUCUCUGGAAGAAGCAGUGCGUCAAAAGACACACUAAGGAACUUGCAAGAAACCGGAGAGUGCACUAUCAACACAGUUUCUGAGCACAUGGUCGAGGCUGUAAAUGCUGCGUCUAUAGAUGCACCUCGUGGUGUCUCGGAAUGGGAUCUUUCGGGUCUGCACCAGGCUCCUUCCACGAUGGUUAAGCCUUCGCGUGUGCAAGAAUCAGUGUUCUCUGUCGAAGGGAGGCUUAGCGAAGUGGUGGAUUUCAGAUUAUCAAGAAAUCCAGUCGGUGCGCAUGGCAAGCUGGCGAUCAUUGAAGGGAUCAACUUUUGGGUCAGAGCUGAUGCGAUUGACUCCAAAGGUAGUCACAUUGAUCUUGAAGUACUGAGGCCAGUUGGGCAGCUUGGUGGAGUAAGCUAUGCUCGAAUGUCGGAAAUGUUUGAGCUUCCGAGAAGCACUUGGAAGAAAGAUUAUGAGGAUCAUGACACUGGACUACGUAAGAUGUUUGGUGACCGAAGUACGACGAAGGACUGAUAGCUUACGAACAUAAUGGUCGUGGUUGUGGAGUGCUUGACGCGGGUGCCUCUGCAGCUGUGUGGGUUUUCGCUACUGGUUAGAACCUUGACGGAGCUCAGCUGGGAAAGCAUACGGCGCGGAAACCUUAGCAUCGAAGACUGCGGUAGGUACUAAAUCUCUGUCUCCUUCCAGGCGCCCCUGCGAACAUUUGGCAGUGAAGUCGACCGG